AUGCCGCUUCUGGUGUUCCAACAGCAACAGUCACUCGUCAGCUUUAAUCCGAGUAGCAAAUCUAAAACCAAACUUCCAAAAAUGUUCCGAAUUAUUGUCAUCUUCGCCCUGGCUACUAUUGCUGCCGCUGCGCCUGGUUACGUGCCACAAUAUGUGUCGGCGCCCAUUGUUGUGAAGCAGGUGGUUCCUGUCGUGCAUCACCAUACCUAUGUGGCUCCAGUUGUCGUGAAGCAUGUGGUUCCCGUUGUGCACCAUAAGACCGUCAUCACUCCGGUGGUGAAACAUGUUGCAGUUGCCCCAGUUGCUCACGUCUACCAUAAGUAUCCAUUCUACUGA